UGCGUAUAUUGGAAUCGAUAAAAAGAAUAAUUCGGCCAUAUUUUAUUAGUCGUAUUUUUUAGACAUUCAAAUUUUGUAGAAAUUAACUCUUUAUUGAUUUUUAAAAAGAAAUAAUAAUGCAAGCCGUACGACAAAGUGUUUUACGUCAGCUGGUAAAACCAAACGGUUCAGCUCGUCGAGGUAUGAGUGAAGUUUCCGGAUGGAAAGCACCAACAAUGAACGAUAUGCCAGCUCCAAUACAAUCAUGGGCUGAAUUAAAUGCCGCUCGACAAGCAAAAUACAACAAACAUUUAGUAUUGGGUGUAGGAUUUUUCAUUGCAACACUUGCAGCAUUAAAAGGAAGUGGUUUAUGUUACUUAAAUUACUCACCUCCAGCUCAACCUGCACCAAAAAAUAAUUAAUGAUUUGUUUUCCAAUUUUUAUGUAUAGUUCAAAAUUUUGUAGAUAAUAAUAACUGCUAUGAAUGUCGAAAAUUUAACUUAAUAAAUUAUGUUAAUGUUUAAAAA